CAUGAUUAGGCUUCACUUAAGCGAGAACAGAAUUGAUUUGUUAUCGUAGAAGAUUGGUUUGUUCGAUAAAGAUUUGAUCUUCCCCCAUUGCCCAUGAGCUCCAAAGAUUCAAUUGAUGCAUCCAAGUUCAAAAUGUCUUCUCAAAAGGAUACAGAUAAGUUCUUCAUGUCCAUCAGCGAAGGAGAGAAGAAGCCAUUUGACUUUUUACGAGUUCUGUAUGAUGGAUGUAUUGCUGGAGGUGUUGCUGGUGUCGUUGUAGAAACAGCUUUAUACCCCAUUGAUACCAUCAAAACCCGACUACAGGUUGCUCGUGAUGGAGGGAAAAUUGUUUUGAAGGGUUUGUAUUCUGGUUUGUCUGGAAACAUUGCUGGUGUCUUACCAGCUUCAGCAAUUUUUAUUGGUGUAUAUGAACCCACUAAGCAGCAAUUAUUAAAGUCCUUGCCUGAAAAUCUCAGUGCUGUGGCUCAUUUUGCUGCAGGUGCUAUUGGAGGCAUUGCUUCUUCUCUUGUUCGUGUUCCAACAGAGGUUAUUAAGCAAAGGAUGCAAAUUGGGCAAUUUGGAUCAGCCCCAGCUGCUGUCCGUCUUAUUGUUGCUAAUGAGGGUUUUAAAGGUCUUUAUGCGGGAUAUGGAUCUUUCUUAUUGCGAGAUUUACCAUUUGAUGCCAUAGAAUUAUGCAUUUACGAGCAGCUCCGGAUUGGGUAUAAACUGGCGGCAAAAAGAGAUCUGAAUGAUCCAGAGAAUGCUAUGCUUGGGGCAUUGGCUGGUGCCAUAACUGGAGCAGUUACCACUCCUCUUGAUGUAAUAAAGACCAGAUUGAUGGUUCAGGGAUCACAAAACCAUUACAAAGGCAUUUUUGAUUGUGUGAGGACAAUAGUUAAAGAAGAAGGAACUCAUGCUCUUUUUAAGGGUAUUGGGCCUAGAGUUCUGUGGAUAGGAGUUGGAGGUUCAAUAUUUUUUGGUGUUCUUGAGAAGACAAAGCAAAUUCUUGCUCAGAGGCACCCCCAAGCUGAGGCUCAGAAGCGAGUUUCUUCUAGGCAUGAUUAAGCUGAUGAUGUUGCAAGAGCUAUUUAAUUUAAGCUCAUGAUUGCAAUGACUAAUGAGCCACUCUUUAUUCAGAUUCUUCCUCUACUUCAUUCCUAAUUUAAUGCCACCUGAAUGAGUCCAGCUCAAAACAUGCCCAUUUGGGCUGUUGUAAAGAUUGAAUAAAAUCUGGGCCUACCUGGACUUUUCUCUAGCAAGGCUGACAAAGCACCGACUGUAACAAAUGUACAUUUUUUUUUUCUAUCUUAUCUUUUCUGCAGAAAAUUAUUCUUUUCACUCAAACACCAAGCAACAGAACAGGGACAAUAAAGGAAGAAAAAACAAUGAAGGCUCAGAAUAUAUUUAGGGUAUAUUGGAGCUGUACAACCUUGUGUCGGUAUAUUGUACACUUGUCUAAUUCCAGCACCUUAUUGAACUAACUCUUGCUCCAGCUUUCCCCGAUCACACGGUGCACGUUUCUUCUAAACAUUUUUCUUCGGGUAUUUACUGUUAUUUUGUUUACUUGACAAGAAGAUAUUUAUUUAUU